UCACUUUUUUCUUGUAAACAAAAAAAAACUGUUGAUGGGAUAAAUUUGUUUUCUAACUGUUAAUUGUUGUCAAUUAAGUUUAAUUUGAUUCUAAAUUUGAUUAUGGUGAUAACUGUACGAUUUGCUCCCAGUCCAACAGGAUUUCUUCAUCUUGGUGGUCUACGAACAGCCUUGUACAAUUAUCUGUUUGCAAGAAAACAUGAUGGACAAUUUUUACUACGAAUUGAAGAUACGGAUCAGCAACGAGUUGUACCUUCUUCUAUUGGAGACAUAAUCAAUGUCUUAAAUUGGGCUGGCAUUAAACCGGACAAAGGACCAUUUAGUCAAGAAGAUGUUCCCAAUUAUGUUCAGUCAGCAAGGAUUAAACUCUACAAUGAGAAAGCAAACGAAUUACUUGACAAGGGAUUGGCUUAUCGGUGUUUUUGUUCAACAACUCGACUUGACCUUCUAAGAAGAGAGGCCAUUAAAAACAGAUCAAUUCCUCGUUAUGAUAAUCGAUGUCGACAUUUAACAGAUAAAGAAGUUGAUGAGAAAUUAUCAUCAAAUGCUCGUUAUGCUGUUCGAUUUCGCUGUGAAGAGCAGAUUAUCUCAGUUGACGAUUUAAUCUUUGAUGAGACAACAUUUGACCUUAAAAAUUCUGAAGGUGAUUUUGUGAUAAUCAAAAGUGAUUCUUUUCCAUCCUAUCAUUUAGCGAAUGUAAUUGACGAUCAUAGUAUGAAUGUGACCCAUGUUCUAAGAGGUGAAGAAUGGUUAUUAUCAACACCGAAACACUUGAUGAUCUACAAAGCGUUCGGAUGGGAACCACCAAGAUUUGCUCAUAUUCCGAUAAUUCUGAACGAAGAUGGUAAAAAGCUGAGUAAACGGCACCAAGAUCUCGGUGUGAUGAACCUUAAAUCUCGUGGUUUCUAUCCGGAGACAAUAAUCAACUACCUAAUUCUAAGCGCUGGUGGAUACGAACCGAAAUCACCUCGAAUGUCAACAUUAGAAGAGAUCGUUGAAAAUUUUGAUCUGACCAAAAUUAAUCGCGCUCGAUGUAAAAUCAGUCAUUCCAAGUUGAAAGCUUUUAAUCGACAAGCAAUUAAGAUUAAAUUGGAAGAAGAUAGGAAAGGAUUUCUAUCAUCGUUGCGAGAUUAUUUAAAACAAAGAUUCACCAGUGAAUUGAUCAAUGAUGAAACUGAUGAACAUCUCAUCUUCCUGUUCACCGAAAGUCAAGGUCGUUAUUCUAAUUUCGGUGAAUUUGCUGAUGAAAUUGGUUUCGUUUGGACAGAAUGUCAACCCUCUUGGUCUUGUGAUCAAUUUAUUCCCUUAGGAGAUAUUGAAAAAUCAAUUGAAAGUGUCCUUAAUUUGAUAGCCAAAGAAUGGGAUUCAAGUGAAUCAAGAAUCGAUAAAUUGUCAUUCGUGAAAACUUUUUGCUCUGAAAACAAAUUUGAUUAUCGUUUGGUGAUGAAGUUUCUUAGAUACUCAUUGGUUAAUCAUGAGAUUGGUUUACCUGUUGGACAAAUGUUAUUUAUUCUGGGAAAAGAAGAGUUCAUCAGGAGAGUUAGAAAUGGAAUCCAAUAUACCAAGUCACAAUUAGCGAGCACAUAAGAGAAUCACAAUUAAUUAGGAUUACAGUUGAUAGGAAAUAGAUUCCAUCUUGUAAUUAAUCAAAGUGAAUGAAAAGUUGGUGAAAAAGUAUAACAGGAAGACGAGAAAAAUAUUCAGUUAUUAAUAGAAGAUGACAAAGGCCUGAGAAGAAAUUGAUUUAAAAUUUUUCUAUUCAAGUUUUUGCUCUCGUCGACAAUUUAACUGACCAAAGAGAAAGGAAAAACUUUAAAUCAAUCAAUUUAAACUGUCUGAUUAGAUUGUGUUUAUAUUUUGUAAAUAAGUUAACUUAGUUACAACUUGACAGUUUUGUAGAUUUUUUUUGUUUUAUAGAAAAUGUUGAUCUUUAAAACAUUUCAAAUGAUUCUUAUUAAACAAUUAAUUCUUUUUCAUUUU